AUGCUGCAGCAUCAGGAUGCCAACGCGGUGGCAGCACUUCAGGGCUUCGCAGAAGCCCUACACCAGAGUCAGCAGUCCCUUCAGAAGGAGGAGAUGCGUCUCGCCGAGUCCAUGCGGAGCUUAGAAACGCUUCUCAAUCAAAAUGAAAAGUUGCGGCGCGAAAAAGUAAACAACCCCCACGAAGAGCAGCGUCUUGAGGCUCUUCGUCGAGAGAAGCUAAAACUACUCCAACUCAUCCACCAACAGCGCGGCACCAUCGAAGAAGAGACGCAGCAUAUCGAGGCUCUGCGUGCCCCUCGACUGAAGGCGGAGGAGGCGGUUAAAGCCAAACGACAAGAGCUGAUCGACCUGCGAAGGCAAUACGUGCUUCGCGCGACGCAGGUCCACGCGAGCGUCGCACAGGUCUGCUCACCCCAGCAGUCCCUCACGCACCUCGAGGAGGUCCUCCAGCAGCGACGACGGGAGGCCGAUUUGCUGACCGGGCCGCUUGAGGAAGCCCGACGGAGGCAUUCCGAGCUGACGGAGGAGCUGCGCGUGUUACGGGCGCUGCAGCCUACAGCCCCUGCGGAGUCCGGAGAAGGGGCGCGAGGUGUUGAGGAGGAAAGCGGCCGCGACAUCCCGCCAGGUGAGGAGGCGGUGUGGGGUGAAGGAUGGGAAGGGGCCGCCCACCUAAUGAGCUCGAAAGGGGUGAGGUGGCUUUCCCCUGGUGAGCUCGAGACCCAACUUCAGACUCAGCGGCAAGCCCACGCCAACCUUGAGGAUGAAUUUCAGCGUCAGCAACACGCCAUGCGGCGGCGGUGUGAGGAGCUCAAGGCCUCCGUGCGGCACCUAUGCGAGCAGAUCGAGGUGGUAGACGCGACGCAGCAGGACGCCCAUCGAUCCCUCGAUCAGUCCCUGAACGAUGCUGAAAGCGCGGCGGGUGGGGUGAUUGCGUGCAAACGCUGCGCAGCAGAUGUGGUAUCGUGGUUUCUCUCCGCGGGAUCUUGA